GCCGUAAUAGGCUAUUGGCAGCUCAUGCGGCGCUUGCUGAUUGGCGGGAGGGCGUGGCGGCAGGGGACUGCGCUCCAGGGUUACCAGGUCCCUGCACUGCUUCCGGAAUACCGUGUUCGGCUGUUGAUCUCCGCUCUGUACUGGCUGCACCGGUUCUGACGGUGCACUUACAGGGUGCAUUCUUCAUGGUUUGUAAAAGAAUCGAGUAAUCCACCUCAAUGGAUGCGGACAGCGAUGUGGCAUUAGAUAUUUUAAUCACAAAUGUUGUAUGUGUGUUCCGGACUAGAUGUCAUUUAAACCUACGAAAGAUUGCAUUGGAGGGGACAAAUGUCAUAUACAAGCGUGAAGUUGGCAAAGUGUUGAUGAAACUGAGAAAGCCUAGAGUAACCGCCACAAUCUGGUCAUCUGGAAAAAUUAUUUGUACAGGAGCCACCAGUGAAGAGGAAGCCAAAAUCGGUGCUAGACGGUUGGCUCGUUGUUUGCAGAAACUUGGCUUUUUGGUAAAAUUUACAGAGUUUAAAGUUGUCAAUGUGCUGGCAGUGUGUAAUAUGCCAUUUGAAAUAAGACUCCCAGAAUUUACCAAGAAAAACCGCCCUCAUGCAAGUUAUGAACCUGAACUUCAUCCUGCGGUUUGCUAUAGAAUAAAGACUUUAAAAUCAACACUACAGAUUUUCUCGACUGGAAGUAUUACUGUAACAGGUCCAAAUGUGACGUCCGUUGCCACUGCCGUGGAGCAAAUUUACCCUUAUGUGUUUGAAAGCAGAAAAGUGAUUUUGUAAAUAACCACUCUAUGAAACCCAUCCCUUUUACCACUUCAUGAAUUGAGGUUUUAAGCCCAGACACCAUUAAAAUAAACAAAAA